AUGGAAAAUUAUACUCAAACAUCAACUGAUUUCAUCUUAUUGGGGUUGUUCCCGCCAACAAGAAUUGGCCUAUUCCUCUUUAUUGUCGUCAUUCUUAUUUUUCUAAUUGCUCUGUUUGGCAACCUGUCUAUGAUUCUCCUCAUCUUCCUAGACACACAUCUCCACACACCCAUGUAUUUAUUACUCAGUCAGCUCUCUCUCAUUGACCUAAACUACAUCUCCACCAUCGUCCCCAAGAUGGUUUCCAAUUUUGUGUUUGGAAACAAAACUAUCUCCAUUAUUGGGUGUGGUCUUCAGAGCUUCUUGUUCUUGACUUUAGGAGGUGCAGAAGCAUUGCUCCUGAUAUGUAUGGCCUACGAUCGUUAUGUGGCUAUUUGUUUUCCUCUUCAUUAUUCCAUUCGUAUGAACAAAAGAGUGUGUGUGUUGAUGAUAACAGGAUCUUGGUUAAUGGGCUCAGUCAACUCCUGUGCCCACACUGUAUAUGCCCUCCACAUACCUUAUUGUCAAUCCAGGACAAUCAACCAUUUCUUUUGUGAUGUCCCUGCCAUGUUGACUCUAGCCUGCAUGGACACCUGGGCCUAUGAGUACACAGUGUUUGUGAGUACCACCCUCUUCCUUGUGUUUCCUUUCAUUUGCAUUGCAUCUUCCUAUGGCCGUGUUCUCCUUGCAAUCUGCCACAUGCGGUCAACAGAAGGGAGGAAGAAAACCUAUUCUACCUGCAGCACCCACCUCACUGUGGUCACUUUAUACUAUGUGCCUUUUGCUUAUACUUAUCUACACCCAAGAUCCUUCCGAUCUCCAACAGAGGACAAGGUUCUGGCUGUCUUCUACACCAUCCUGACUCCAAUGCUCAACCCCAUAAUCUACAGCCUGAGAAAUAAGGAGGUGAUAGGGGCCCUGAGAAGGGUGACUCAGAGACUUUGCUUUGUAAAAAUAUAUACACAGCUCUUUUCAUAUUUACCCAAAAUGUGGUUAUAA